UGCAUAUGCAUGUUUUAUCCAGACAGCCUACAUCAUAUCAUGGAAAAAGUGCGCAUGAUCCCGCUUUACGUUGAAUCGAAAGGAAGAUGUUUGUGCGGAGAAAUGAGGGGGCUACAAAAUCGAACAAGUUGUUCCUCCGACUUCGGGCUUCAGACGACUUUGACAAGAGCAAAGGCUCGCAUCGGCUCCCCAUCAUCAGCUGUGCGUAUUGGGACUGUCGCGGAAGGUGUAGUGAAAAGUUUGAUAACUCAAUAGACGGACAAUUUCGUUGAAGAUUUUGUCCGAACAGUCUCCGGUGUUCUUGAAAACUACGUCUUAGGGAGAAAAUAUCCCCAAGGAUUUGGAAAGGUCAGUGUGGAUAGUGUUACCUGGUGUUCAGGUCCACCGCGUAGAGCUAAACGUGUUAAAUAUUUAAUCGCAAGAAGGAAGAAAAUUUUCAACACCAUUUUACUGUGCGCUUCCAUAUGGAAGGGCCUCUUUCGCUCCUUCAGGCAUUCAACAGUCCAGAUCCGGACCCAGUCAAGAUGCCAAGUGCCAGGCGGAUGAUCUUGGGGCACGUCAUGUCCGGACUGUGCAGCAAAAUGAACCGGACCAAGCAGUUACCGGCGGAUCUGAUGGAAACUCCGCUGAAUCGAUGCCUCAACACGUUCGAUAUUACCUUGCUGGGAAUCGGUCACAUGGUGGGCGCUGGCAUCUACGUCCUGACCGGAACGGUGGCCCGCGAAAUGGCCGGCCCGGGCAUAGUGCUGUCGUUCAUACUGGCCGGCAUGGUGUCGAUGUUGGCCGCCUUGUGCUAUGCCGAGUUCGGUACCCGAGUGCCGAAAGCCGGGUCAGCUUACGUCUACACGUACGUGUCGAUCGGAGAGUUCUGGGCGUUCGUGAUCGGCUGGAACAUCAUCCUGGAGCACAUGCUGGGUGCGGCUUCGGUAGCCCGGGCCUGGAGCGGCUAUGUGGAUUCGAUGUUGGGAAAUGUCGUGGCCAAUACGACGAUGGAGAUCACGGGCGAGAUGCACGAGAAGCUGUUGGCCAAGUAUCCGGACUUUUUGGCGUUCGGGGUUUGUAUGAGCUACGCGAUCGCUCUGGCAGCUGGGGUUAAGGCCACGGCCAUGAUCAACAGUAUCUUGACGACGGUGAAUGUGGUGGUGAUGUCGCUGGUGGUGGUUCUAGGGUUUUGGUACGCGACACCGGCAAACUGGUCCCUUCCGGAGCAGGGAUUUCUUCCGUUCGGAUUUGGUGGAGUGCUGGCUGGGGCAGCAACGUGCUUCUAUGCGUUUGUAGGAUUUGACAGCAUUGCUACGUCAGGAGAGGAGGCCAAGAAUCCAAAUGUGUCUAUACCGUUGGCUACCAUUCUGUCCCUGUGCGUUGUGACCAUCGGAUAUGUCCUGGUAAGCGCCGCUUUGACCCUCAUGAUCCCCUACAAUGAGAUCAACCCUGCGGCAGCUCUACCGGACGCCUUCGGAACACGUGGAAUUGCUUGGGCAAAGUAUGCAAUAUCCACCGGGGCCAUUUGUGGGAUGACUACAACACUGCUGGGAUCGUUGUUCGCUCUUCCAAGAUGUCUCUACGCUAUGGCAAGCGACGGCUUGCUAUUUUCCUGUUUCGGCAAGGUAAACACCAAAACUCAAGUUCCGCUGCUCAAUCUGGCAGUUUCGGGACUUUGUUCCGCUCUACUCGCAUUGCUGUUUGACCUAGAGAAGUUGGUGGAGUUCAUGUCCAUUGGAACCCUAUUGGCCUACACCAUUGUGAGUGCCAGCGUCAUCGUGCUUCGCUAUCGACCGAUUUCCGUAGAGGAAACCGUUCACCUGGCUCCGGAUACUCCCGGAACGGACGAGGAAGAAAACGCAUCGUCAUCGUCCCAAUCGAGUGCCGUGGACCCAUCCUCUCCGACGAGCGAAAUGAUAGAGAUUGCUUUGGCCGGGCGACUGCGGCCACAGUUCCGCUGGUUGGAACCGGUUCUCGGACGCUGUGAACCGGGAGUGGCCUGCUCCGGAGCGGUACUGCUGUUCUGCGUACUCAGCGUAGCGGUUUGCUUCCAACUUGAGGUUUCCUGGGAUGAGAUGUACGAUGGGACUUGGUGGGCGCUGGGACUCUACGGUUUCCUGCUGUUCUGCCUCGUUGCAUGUAUUGUAGUCAUCUCGGCCCACCACCAGAACACACGUGGUCUCCAGUUCAAGGUUCCGCUGGUGCCCUACAUUCCAGCUCUGAGCAUAUUCUGCAACAUCGAGCUCAUGGUACACCUGAGCUUCCUGACGUGGCUUCGGUUCUUUAUCUGGCUGUCGAUCGGAAUGCUGGUCUACUUCCUGUACGGGAUCCGCAACAGCAAGGAAGGCGAACUGGGGACAUCCUACUCGAUGCUCAUGUCCACUCAGGAAGCAAUCCGUGGCUGGGGAGCCACACAUUCGGCUGGGCUAAGCGGCGGAACCCGGGUCACGGUGACCAAGAUUGUGAAGGGACGGGUCAGCCGGAAGAGCGUCGACAAACAGGCGAUCAUCGACGAUGACGAUGAUGACUCAUAAGAGGGGAAAUUUUGAGGGAUGUUAUAAGCAAUUUCGAUGCAGUACACACUGUGUGGAAGGAUUCUUAUGUUACGCUUAAUAUGUGGCACAAAAGUACUAACUAUCGGCGCAAAGAAAACUAAUCAUAUGAACGCUUCCAUCUACUACCAAUUCUAUCGAUAAAUGCUAUGUUUGGCUGGUUGUGUAAUAUCAGGUGAAAUAUUCAUAGACAAAUUACUUUUGCUAUGAAUACGGUAUUGCGGUGUUUUGACAAGCUCCAAUACUCUGUAGAGUGAUUUAGUGAAUUACUUCGCAAGUUUGUCUGUACAAGUCUAGUGCAUUCGAAAUAAAUCUCACUCACAUGCAGUUGUAUUGCAACCGACAAAUGACUGAGUGAGAACUUGUGAAGAGAGAAAACUUGACGCGCCGAAAACGAAUGGGACCCGAAUCACUCUCACGUGGUGGUAACGGAACGAACUCAGAGAAAAGAAGAGAAAGAGAAAGCAUGAAAACGAAUCUCUCUUGUAUCGGCGAAUGCUCUAUCGGACGUUCGUCAACUCGCUUCGGAAGGGAGAGAAACCCAAUAGGGCACUGCACUGUUUUGAUUUUGUAUGGGGUUUUGACGUUUCUUGGCCUUGUUGUUUUCAAAAUUUCUUUAAGAGUGAAAGAGAAGGAGACAAUUUCAUGCAGUGACCUAUAACUGAGUGAGCGUUUCCCAUACUUGGAUGUUAGAUCUUAUAUUGCAUCUGUAGUGGUAAAUAGUUAUGAACGGGAUUUCAUAACUAUUUUCUAUGUGUGGGUGGCACAUUUUUGAGCCCACCUGUUAAGGGCGGACGGGACGGUCGAGGAAAUAUCCGCCAUUGCUCUGUUUCUACUAAGAUGGUAAUCUCAGAUUCUACUUCAUAUAAUGGAACAAAAAUCUAUCAUUGUGUAUGCUCACUUGCAGUGCAUAUGCUGAUUGUUUUUCAGCCUCAUCUGUGCGAUAGAAAUCGAGAUUACCAUCUCCAAAAUCACGAGGCAAAUUGUUAGAAAGAGAGGGAAGAUAGGAAAAACAACACAGCGUUCCGAUUCACCUUAACGAUAAAAAAGGUGUGUUCAUCCAAUUCAUCUAGAAAUUGCACUGACAUUUCUUCCUUGUGAACAUUGCCUGGCUUGAACUGCCAUGGAUAUGUCAAACUUGGUUUCACGGCGGCGUAUCGUUGCGCUAACUAUUCAAAAAUUGACAAUGAAAUGACAAUGAAUUCGAUUCGCUUUUAUUAAGAGACUUUCAGCCUUGGGCUGGUUCAUCUCUGAAAUGACAAUGAAAUAUAUUGUUUGUAAAAAUGGAAAACAGAUUCAGAUAUGUCAAGUAGAAGAUGAAGAUAUGUUAGGCCUUAUCAAAACAUUUUAACUUCGAUAAUUUUUCAAUUUUUCGGUUUUUGUGAAAAAGAAAUUAAUUGACUCUGAGUUCUCUUAGACAUGAUAAAUUUUAAGAAUUAUUUCAGUUUAAUGUUUUUUUGAAUAUUAGAAAUAAUUGAAAACCUAGAAAAUCACACUCAAAUUUUAAAUAUAUCGUCUCAUAUUACACCACUACGUCAUAACUCAGCGUAUUCCAUAAACGUUCAUCUGAAUCCCUCUUAAAUUCACUAAAUUUUUGAGAAAUUUAAAAAUGCAACGCUUUCAAAAUACUAAUUCCUGUAGUAAUAACUGUAUUUAACUACGUAAUAGUACCUGUUACCCACGUUGAUUCCGUCACGUAUUUUUUUAGUAAAUAACCAAAAUACCCCAGGCAACCAUGGCUUCUCAUUUGUAUUACCGUAGUUACCUCACACGAGAAUCCACCGGACUCUUUAUCUUGUGUCGUUUCCGUUGAACGAAGGUAGAUCAAAACCAAAAUCAAUGCAUUUAUGUAUAUUUAUGAUGAUAGAUUAACUUCUAGGGGUCUAGUAGGUAACGAACUCUACACACAAUUAACAAUAAUCUACCGAACAAAGCGGCAUAAAUUUACGCAUAAUCUUGUCCUAAGCAAGCUUUUCUAUGGAACAUUAGUAGGAUUAUUAUAUGUCGAAUUAUAGGGAAGGGGUCUACUCUAGUCAUAUACAUAGCUACCAAUUAUUUAGAACAAAGAUGAUAAACAUUAUUCAUAUAUUAUACACACAAAUCCUUCACCCAUAAAUCAAAAGUAUAUUUAUCACAUAGUGUAGAUAAUACGCUAUUCACACGUUGAUUCAUCUCAAAUAUAUAAUUAUUAGACGUUACACAGCAAAAAAAUAAUGAUAUGAAUAACCUUGGAAAUAAAACAACCAAAUUAACCCAGCGAACGUCACUGACUGUGUCUCAAAAUUACGAUGAUAACCAAAUUUGUGGAACAACUUUCAAGAAGUUGAAACGAUAAAUCAGAGAUCAAUUAAUAGAAAAUAUCACAUUAUUUGUAGGACGGCAUCUGUAACGGUACACAAAAGAAAGAAAAAAAGAAACUGAUAAUAAAUAUUCCGGGGAUAUCCUGUGUGCAGCAGCAGCUUCUAACAGAGAAUGCACUAUAUACAGAUAAGUUAUUCCUAUAUGUUACGGUAUAUGAUGCUGCACCAGUCUAUUGUUAUCGAACUGAUAUGUAUUAUUUCAUAAUAAUAUUAAUAAAGACGCUAUCCUUUCUGUAUGCGGCAUGUAGUGUUCAAUAAGAAAGAAUGUCAUUUUAUUGAAGACAAAGACAAAAACAAAGACAAAGACAAAGACAAAGACAAAGACAAAGACCAAGACCAAGACCAAGACCAAGACCAAGACCAAGACCAAGACCAAGACCAAGACCAAGACCAAGACCAAGACCAAGACCAAGACCAAG